AUGCAACAACAACCCUUGACCAUUAGCACUGUUUCGAUUACUCCUUUUGGUUCCUCCUCCACAACGAACAUCUCUUCUCAUCCUUUUCCACUCCAAUCGCACCACAAUCCUCCGAAUGCUGCUGAAACUUUUAUUGAAGAUGAAAAACCUUCUCAAUCAUCUUUGCAGACACCUCCUCUUAUUGAAGAACGAAACCAUCCUUCCGUAGUAGUUAAUUUGGCAAUUCCCACACAAGCACAACCUGGAAGCUUACCAGAAAUUAUUUCACAUCAAGUCAAGACACAACCAAGCAGCAGUAUGAAAUCUUCACCUUCUCGUGGUAGUGGUGUAUCAUUCAAAUCCUUUCUUUCUGCCUUAACCUUUCUCAUCUUGACACGAAAAACGUAUCAUAAUUUUUUCAAACCUCAACACGAGAGAGAAGCAGCUGUUGUUGUUGCUCCUCCUUUCAAACAUACCAAAGAAGAAGGAAAUUCUUCACCACCACAACACCACCACCACCAUGAUUCAUUGUUGCAAGAACCCAAGAAUCAUGACAUGGUUCAUGAACUGAAUGAACAUCCAACAAGGAACGAGACGACUCAAUCAUUGCAACAACAUGUCUUCAAUCCUCAUUUCAUUAGUUCUUCCUAUAACCUAAAAAAGGAUUUUUACUCAAAAUCGAAUUGGACACAAAUUGUCUUUGAUUAUAUCAUGGAAUGGCUCGUGAUCCUUGUGGUAGGAAUUAUUGCAGCAAUUUUAUUCCAGGUACCAUAUCCCCAAACCUUGUACUUUCGAUUGGAUGAUCCUCGAAUUGGAUAUCCCUUAUUGGGAAUUCAAACAGUUCCUUUUAAUUUGAUUGUGAUUGCAUUUGUGGUGUGUAUUCCGAUUGGAUCCUUGUUGUUGUUUCAAUUGGUGUUUGUGAGGAAUUUACAUGAUACGCAUCACAUGUUAUUGGGAUAUAUUCAAUCGUUGUGUUUCAGCAUGUUAUUCAUGAUGUUUUUUUGGUUUUUUUAUCCCGAUUACAGACCUAGCUUUCUUCAAGAAUGUAAUCCCAUUGCUGCCAAAGUUCAAGCCCUCCAAAACGAACGUACGAAUCAUUUCAAUACAGUUGUGUAUUAUUUACCUCAUGAAAUUUGCUCACAACCAGAAAAGUAUCGAGGAAUGAAAGUGAAUAAUACUCCAGCAUUUCCAAGUGGACAUGCAGCAAAUUUGUUUGCUGUUUGGAUUUUUCUCUUGCUCUACGUGUUUGCAAAAACAAAGGCUCUCUCGCUGGCGCAAGAUCGAAAUAGACAAGAUCACAGAAAUGGAACACUUACAAGCACUGCCCGAAGAGGUAUUCUUUUCUUUCCAUUUGUUGCGCUUUUAAUUUUGGCAUGCUUAAUUUGGAUUGGAGUGUUUUCAAGAGUAUUGGAUUACCAACAUACAUGGACGCAAGUCAUUGUUGGAACAAUUAUUGGAGUGCUGUGUGGAAUAAUUGUGUACAUGUACAAGUACGGCAGUUUAUUUGGUCACAAUUCACACAUUCCAUUGUAUUAUUAUUGGAAAGAUGAUUACAAUAGUGCUCAUGAAAAUCAGCAACAAUCGUCUAGUGACAAAGCGAUCAGUAAGGAAUAG